AUGAGCACAUUGUACCCCAAGCUUGUAGCUGAGAAGCACGAAUAUAACCAGCUUCACCCAGAAGGGAAGAAUGGCAAUAAAACAGAAAGAACCCACGCCUGCAGGGCAGGGACGUCUAAGUUGUCAAAUCUGGCAAAUUUGGACAGCGAGGACCAGCCGGCGGUCGCAAAAACCUCACCAAUAGAGAUCCCGCUGGACCAAGCCCAGGAGGAGGCCAUACCCCUUGUGGAGUGUGCCCUCACACCUAUAGGGCAUCGGAACCGAGGUUACAUCAGUAACCGGAGCGUUCCCUUUCGAACGGUCUCACCUGUUGCAUGGUUGCAUCCAAUCACGCCGCGCUAUGAGCAGAUACAGAAUAAACUCUCGGAUGCUAAGAUAAGGGCCGCUAAGAACAUGAGCACAUUGUACCCCAAGCUAGUAGCUGAGAAGCACGAAUAUAACCAGCUUCACCCAGAAGGGAAGAAUGGCAAUAAAACAGAAAGAACCCACGCCUGCAGGGCAGGGACGUCUAAGUUGUCAAAUCUGGCAAAUUUGGACAGCGAGGACCAGCCGGCGGUCGCAAAAACCUCACCAAUAGAGAUCCCGCUGGACCAAGCCCAGGAGGAGGCCAUACCCCUUGUGGAGUGUGCCCUCACACCUAUAGGGCAUCGUUCGCUGAGUGUUAGGAUGAGAGAGAUGAUGAUGAUGAUGAGGAUGAGGUGGGGGAUGAAGGCUCGGCUCGCGGCUGUCAGAGGCUUUCAUGAGCGGACAGUGGCAGUGAGUUUAGCGGACAGGAGGAUGGAGAUCUCCACUGGAAAACUGGCCCGCUUCGCUGACGGCUGUGCGGUGAUCAAGCUGGGUGAGACGUCAGUGAUGGUGACCGCGGUCAGUAAGACCAAACCGGCUGCCGCUCAGUUCAUGCCGCUCGUGGUGGAUUACAGGCAGAAAGCAGCGGCUGCAGGACGAAUCCCCACCAACUACCUGAGACGAGAACUGGGCACCACAGACUCCGAGAUCCUGACCAGCCGUCUGAUCGAUCGCUCCAUCAGGCCGCUGUUUCCCGCCGGAUACUUCUACGACACACAGGUGCUGUGUAACAUCUUAGCCGCAGAUGGAGUCAACGACCCUGACAUUCUGGCCAUCAAUGGAGCGUCUGCGGCUCUGGCUCUGUCUGAUAUCCCCUGGAACGGACCCAUUGGAGCGGUGCGUGUGGGCCUCGUGGACGGAGAGUUCCUCAUCAACCCCACACGCUCAGAGAUGAGCGGCAGCAAACUCAACCUGGUGAUCGCCGGAGCCCCGUCCAGCCAAGUGGUGAUGAUGGAGGCGGCGGCGGAGAACGUCCUGCAGCAGGACUUCAGUCACGCAGUGAAGCUCGGCGUCAAGCACACGCAGCAGAUCAUCCUGGCCAUCCAGCAGAUGAGCAGAGACAUGAAGAUCAGCAAACGCUCUCCUGCCAGACUCUUCACCGCCUCCGCCGAGAUGCUGGACUACACACGCCAGUUGGCGUCUGAUAAGAUCUACGCUGUAUUUACGGACUUCACACACGACAAGAUCUCCCGAGAUGAAGCGAUCAAUAAGAUCCGUCUGGAGGCGGAGGAGCACAUCAGAGAGAGGUUCCCGCAGUCAGAGUCCUUCGAGGUGGUGGAGGCCUUCAACGGCGUCUCCAGAGAGGUCUUCAGGAAUCUGAUUCUCAGUGAAUACAGGCGGUGUGACGGCAGAGAUCUGACGUCUCUGCGCAACAUUUCCUGCGAGGUGGACAUCUUCAAGCCUCUCCACGGCUCGGCUCUCUUCCAGAGGGGUCAGACACAGGUGCUGUGCUCCGUCACGUUUGACUCUCUGGAGUCCAGUAUGAAAUCAGACGCGAUAACCACCGCGCUCAGUGGAGUCAAAGACAAGAACUUCAUGCUGCACUAUGAAUUUCCUCCGUAUGCCACCAAUGAGAUCGGGAAGAUGGGAGGAGCGAACCGGCGGGAGCUGGGUCACGGAGCGCUGGCGGAGAAGGCACUGAGGCCCGUCGUUCCUCCAGAUUUCCCCUUCACCAUCCGCGUCACGUCUGAGGUGCUGGAGUCCAACGGCUCGUCCUCCAUGGCCUCGGUGUGUGGCGGCAGUUUAGCGCUCAUGGAUGCAGGUAUCUGUCUGUCUCCACAGGCGGACAUUAAGAUCCCGGGGCUUCCUCUGAAGAUCGUGAUGGAGGCCAUACAGCAGGCCACAGUGGCCAAACGGGAGAUCUUAGGCAUCAUGAACAAGGUCAUCUCCAAACCCAGGAGCUCCAGGAAGGAGAACGGCCCUCUCGUUGAGAACGUCAAAGUGCCUCUAUCUAGACGAGCUCUGUUUGUGGGUCCGGGAGGAUUCAAUCUGCGCAGACUGCAGGCUCAGACAGGUGUGACCAUCUCUCAGGUGGAUGAGGAGACGUUCUCUGUGUUUGCUCCGACGCCCGGCGCCAUGAGUGAAGCGCAGGAGUUGAUCCGAGCCGUCUGCAGAGAUGAUCAGGAGCAGCAGCUGGAGUUCGGAGCCGUGUACACAGCCACCGUCACAGAGAUCAGGUGGAGUUUAGCCUCUCACAGCACAGAGCUUAUCGUUCGGAUCCAGUUAAAGGCAUAGUUCACCCAAAGAUGAACACUUGCUGCUAAUAAACUCGCUCUCAGGCCAUCCAAGAUGCAGCUGACUCCUAGUAAAGAAGAUUUUUAGCUGAAAC